AUGCCUCACACAUCUCGCAAGAAGCGUCCCACCGCGCAAUCCCAAAAGCGACUUCAAGUGAUUGACGACGACGGCUGGACCCAUGUGACCUCGAGUCAAAACGUGCGGCGAACCCUCCGCGGGACUCAAUCGCAAUCCCCAAAUCAGACCGAAUCCAACGCGACCAACGACCAAGAACUCGUGUUUGGACCUGCAGAGGCACCGGCACGCUUGACGCUCGAGGAACUGCAGACUCAGUAUCGCGCACAUUAUGAGAAGUGGAUCAAUUCAGAGACCUGGGCUCAAUUACGAACCCAGCUGGCACGACAGCUCACGCAGCAAGCGGAGGAUGUAGCCGAGGCGAAGGUCUGGACGCCGAAUUCAUCGGGGGAUAGUUUGCAGAAAGCUACGAACCCGGGCGACGUGAGUCCAGGUCAGGGUCCAAUUGACACGAUUGUCUGCGUGGGACUGGGCAGUCCAAGUGGAUUCCUCCGCGGAGGAUGGGUGGAUCGUCGAAGUGUGUCUAUGUAUCAACUUGCUGCUUUGGACAGUCUCGCCUCGCAAAUUUUGUCUUAUUCCUCCUCCUCCAAUCUACCCCCCAAUCCCAACCCCCUCAAAAUCUACGCCCAAGACCCCGUCUUCAACACCCUCGAUACAUCCCUCCUCUCCUCCCUCGGUAUUACCGUCAUCUCCCACCCCGCCGCCUUCAACCUCAUCACCCCACACACGCUCCUCUUCUGCCCCGGCGCCGAAAAGAAACAUCUCGAACAAUUGCUCGCUUUCCGCCCCCGAAUGGUCUUCGGCGGACCCCUGGAGGAUACGGACUCGGCCGUGAUCCAGGGCUACCUUGAUCGAGCGAGAGGUGGCUCGAUUUGUUUAGCGCCGUUUGAGGCGUGCGAGCAUGCUUUUUGGAGGACGAGGGUGUAUUAUCGAGAGGCGGAGGGGGGAGAUGAUGAAGAGGAGGAGGGGAGGAAGGCGCUUUGA